AUGGCGCUCAGCAAUUUCCUCUUCGCUCAGUGCAUCUGCUAUUUCCUGGCCUUUCUCUUCAGCUUCAUCGUGGUGGUGCCACUCUCCGAGAAUGGCAAUGACUUCCACGGCCGGUGCCUGCUCUUCACCGAGGGCAUGUGGCUGAACGCCAACCUGACGGUGGAGCGGCAGCGCUUCACGGUGCAGGAGUGGGGGCCUGAGGCUGCCUGCCGCUUUAGCAUCUUCACCGGGCUCCUGUCCCUGCUGCUGGCCACAGUGCAGGCCUGGAGGACCCUCUUCUUCCUCUGCAAAGGGCACGAGGACUCUUUCUUUUACGCCUUCCUGAAUCUGCUGAUCAGCGCCUUUGUGGUGUUCAUCACAUUUAUUGCCAGCACUAUAGUGAGUGUAGGAUUUAACAUGUGGUGUGAUGCAAUUACCGAAAAAGGAAGCAUGCCAAAUAGCUGUGAAGAAUUGCAGGAUGUAGAUCUUGAGCUGAACUUGGAAAACUCUGCUUUCUAUGACCAAUUUGCUAUUGCACAGUUUGGUCUCUGGGCUGCCUGGCUGACUUGGCUGGCAAUUACCAUUCUGGCUUUCUUGAAGGUUUAUCACAACUACAGACAGGAGGACCUGCUAGAUAGCCUGAUCCAUGAGAAGGAGUUGUUGCUAGGAAGAUCCCCUUCACGAUCCUCUUUGCAAGAUGACAAAAGUGGCAUGAUCUAA